AGGGGCGGAAAAAGAGGAAAGGAGGGCCCGCGUCCGGGUCGGCCGGCAGGGGGCGGGGCGGGGAGGAGCCGGGCAUGGUAACGGCUCGGAAGCCGAGGGGGCUGGGCCGGACGGAGGCGGAGGAACCGGUGUCCGCCGCUGCUCCAGCGUGUUCCGUGAGGCCCGCGCCGGCGCCGCCUCGGCCAUGAUGAUCCACGGCUUCCAGAGCAGCCACCAGGACUUCUCCUUCGGGCCCUGGAAGCUGACGGCGUCCAAGACCCACAUCAUGAAGUCCGCGGAUGUGGAGAAGUUAGCCGAUGAAUUACAUAUGCCAUCUCUCCCUGAAAUGAUGUUUGGAGACAACGUUUUAAGAAUCCAGCAUGGCUCUGGCUUUGGGAUUGAGUUCAAUGCUACAGAUGCAUUAAGAUGUGUUAACAACUAUCAAGGAAUGCUUAAAGUAGCCUGUGCUGAAGAGUGGCAGGAAAGCAGGACGGAGGGUGAACACUCCAAAGAAGUUAUUAAACCAUACGAUUGGACCUAUACAACAGAUUAUAAGGGAACAUUACUUGGAGAAUCACUUAAGUUAAAGGUUGUACCUACAACAGAUCAUAUAGAUACAGAGAAAUUGAAAGCCAGAGAACAGAUUAAAUUUUUUGAAGAAGUUCUCCUGUUUGAGGAUGAACUUCAUGAUCAUGGAGUUUCAAGCCUGAGUGUGAAAAUUAGAGUAAUGCCUUCUAGCUUUUUCCUGCUGUUGCGAUUUUUCUUGAGAAUCGAUGGGGUGCUUAUCAGAAUGAAUGACACAAGACUUUACCACGAGGCCGACAAGACCUACAUGUUACGAGAAUAUACAUCACGAGAGAGCAAAAUUGCUAAUUUAAUGCAUGUUUCACCUUCCCUCUUCACGGAACCUAAUGAAAUAUCACAGUAUUUACCGAUAAAGGAGGCAGUUUGCGAGAAGCUACUAUUUCCAGAAAGAAUUGAUCCUGACCCUGCAGAUUCACAAGAAAGUACACUAGUGGGAUAGAAUGUGAUACAACAUAUACUCGCCAUGGAAUCUGACUGGAGACCUUAGCUAUUUGGAGGGGGUAUUUUUAUUAUGAGAAUUAAUCGCCUUGUUUAUGUGCAGAUUUUCUGUAGCCUUAAAGGAAAAAAAUAAAGGAUUGUUGCAGGCAGGUUCCACUCAGCUGCUGUUUGUACUGUCUAUCUUCAAAUUCAUAUUCCAGAUUUAUAUUUUCUGGAGUUAAAUUUGGAUUUCUAAAUUAUUACAAAGUGGGAUCUCACUAGUAGUGAUGUGUGUAUGUCUCAUGAGCAGUGGGCAUAAUCUGCAUCCAUCAUGAAACACUGUCUUCUACCAUGAGGAGGUUAAUGUAAAUCACAGAAUCACAGCACCUUGUGACUUUCGCGGGAUUCCUGAUCGUGCAUGUUAAUGUACCAGCUCUUUACUUUUGGGCUUUUUGAUGUUUAUUCGUACUUAUGGAGAGUCCUGAGUUGCCUUUUAGGAAAUUGGUGUUGUACUUUAAUGAUCUUUACCCACAAAUUAAAGAAAAAAAUAUUUCCCCUCUAAAUUUAAAUUGGCUUUUGAAGCCUUUGAGAAAAUUUCAGACACAGAACUAAAUAACCUAGGGUUUUGGGAAACUGAAGGUGUUCUCUCCGUGGACACACCUGAACAUGGUUUGCCAGCCACAGGUAGGAUGUCAGAGCUGUCCUUCCUCCAUCUUUAGGUGCUUUUUCUUAUGUGUGGUUCUACUUGUACUGAUGUUUUUUACUUCAUUUUCCAUGCAACCUUGGAAUGAAUAAAUCCUUGGAUAUUGAAUUUGUAUUGUUGUCUAGCUAAUUUUAUUAGCUAAAUUUUGUCACAAGUGAUUUUGGUAUUUGUUUGCCUUCUGCUACAUCACCUGCAAGGUAUAGGAAAUCAGGAUUUUGUUGGCUUUAAGAAAAUACAUGGCAUGUUUGCUGUAUAUUAAAUAUACCUGUAUUUAAUGUUUUCUCUUAGGACAGAAAAGUGUAUAUAUUGUGCUCAGCCUUCUGUUGUAUUUUAUUUGCCUUGCGGAUUUGAACAGAAUAGACUAUUCAUACUAGAUAUAAGAAAUGAAAAACUUGUAAGAAUAUUCAUUAGUUGAAGUUUCUGGGCAACAUCAUUAUAUAUAUUCUUAACUUGAAUCAGUUGUCUUAGUCUCUGAGUCGGUUUAGAUGACUUAUUUUCAGAAUCUAUUGCUAAAAAUUGUGGGAAAUUAAAAGAAUUGACCUUUUUUAUAGAGGGUGGGAAGUUGAUAGGAUGAGUGUACUUCUGGAAGCUCCUUUAGUUUAUUCCUGUGGAGAAUACCCAGAAAACCUGUAUUUGCCCUUUGCUAAAUAAGACAUAUGCCAUUUUAUAUUUAUUUGUUUCAAGUGUCUUUUUGUAAGAAAAGAAUAAACAAUAAGGAAUUCCU